UAUAUAUGUAAUCUCCGUACCUAAAAACCUUCGCCUUUUCUUUCUCUCUCUCUCUCUCUCUUUUACAGUCAUACUCCUUCCCAACAGACGAGAUGGCCACCAACAAACGAACAAAGAACACGCACAAAUAUUAUAUAUAUAAACUUCUCUUCGUGACAUAGAUGUAGAGAGAGAAAGUAGGGAGAGAAACACAACCAAUACUUUCUAUUUUCUUGUAUAUAUUUGAAUACACACAAUAUAAUCAUCAAAGAGAGAAAUUGAUUUAAGCUCAUUUUUUGUGUUCUUCUAUUAGAACUGUAGAUCCAGUAAAACCCUAGAGAACUCCUGCAUUUGCCUUCAAGAAUUACUGUUUGCUGUGAAGUUGAAGAAGUUCUGCGCUUGUGUUUGUGGUCGGUAAUGGUGGAAUUAACGGUGAAUUAGUGUGCGCGCUUUGAGUUUUUGUUACCGGCAAUGGAGGACAGAGGAGGAGGCGGUGGUGGAUCAUUUGUUGCAGUUAGGAGGAUUUCACAUGGACUUGAUAGAAGCAACACCUGUAAUACAACUUCAGCUGAGGUUGCAGCAGGCUCAGCAGCAUGGCUUGGCAGAGGCCUCUCAUGUGUUUGUGUUCAGGGAAGAGAAGGUGACUCUCGCCCAUCAUUUGAUUUGACCCCUGCCCAGGAAGAUUGUUUACAGAGGCUGCAAAACCGUUUAGAUGUUGCCUAUGAUAGUUCAAUUCCAGGACAUCAGCAAGCAUUGAGGGCAUUAUGGGGAGCCGCCUUUCCUGAAGAGGAACUCCAUGAUCUAAUUUCUGAACAGUGGAAGGAGAUGGGGUGGCAAGGGAAAGAUCCUUCCACUGAUUUUCGGGGUGGUGGGUUUAUAUCACUGGAAAACUUAUUGUAUUUUGCCAGAAAUUUCCCGAAAUCAUUUCAAGAUCUUCUUAGAAAGCGAGAAGGUGUCCGUUCCAUGUGGGAAUAUCCUUUUGCUGUAGCUGGUGUCAACAUUACAUUCAUGCUUAUUCAGAUGUUGGAUCUUGAAGCAGAAAGUUAUGGAAAGGAAACCUUCCCAUUUGAGUCCUAAAUUUUUACAAAUUUGCCCUCAAUUCACUUAAUGGGGAAAAUAAGAAACAGGGCCUAAUAGAGUUUUUCUACUUUACAGUUAACCCACGAAGUUUUGUGGGAGCAACCUUCUUGAAGUUUCUUUCAGAAAACGAAUUGGCAUUUGACCUUCUUUAUUGCAUUACCUUCAAGCUAAUGGAUCACCAGUGGCUUGCUAUGCAUGCAUCUUACAUGGAUUUCAAUGCGGUGAUGAAGUCAACACGUCGUCAGCUUGAAAGAGAGCUUCUGCAAGAAGACGUAACAAGGCUGGAAGAUAUACCCUCCUACAGCCUUCUCAGCCGAUAGCAGUUUAAGUCUGUUUGAUUUGACAACACUUUUAGCUACAAAAAAUGGAUUUUCACUAUUUACUAUAUGGCAAAUGCCCCAACUGUUUGAUUCCAUAUUAUUUUUGUGUAAAACUGUAUAAGAAAGCAAAGAAGAAACACUAAUUUGUAAGGAUGCUGGUGGGUUGAUUGCUUGUCUAAUACAAACUAGUCUUGUGGGGUGAUGCUUAUAAUAUUUAUUAUUAUAUGCCAUGAA